GAUUGAGGUUGGGUCUGGAAGGACUGACCCAAAGGGAAGACACCAAGGGAGGGGCGACAUGUAGGUGGCGGAGGGCUGUGAGCCUAGUAAGGGGAUUGGGGAAGCAAAUCAGGGAGGAGGCGCUGGCCGGCGGGGGAAGAUCCGAGCCCUCGCCCCCUGGCUGGGGGGGACGGGGGAGGGGGGGCCCGUGUCCAUAUAAGGCGGGUCGGCGGCCCCUGCUCUCUCCGAGCUGCGCGGGCAGGGGCAGCCGCAUCCCAAUGACCGGGCGCAGCGACAUGGAGCCGCCCGCCGCUUUCUCGGGCUUCCCGGCCCUGCCCUCGGUCGCGCCGUCGGGGACGCCGCCGUCGCCGCAGGCCGGGGCCAAGCCGGGGCCGGAGCCCGAGGAGGCGGCCGCGGGCCGCGGGGAACCGGAGCCCGCCCCCGCGCCGGGCCCGGGGCGGCGGCGGCGGCGGCCCCUGCAGCGCGGGAAGCCGCCCUACUCGUACAUUGCGCUCAUCGCCAUGGCGCUGGCGCACGCCCCGGGCCGCCGCCUCACGCUGGCCGCCAUCUACCGCUUCAUCACCGAGCGCUUCGCCUUCUACCGCGACAGCCCGCGCAAGUGGCAGAACAGCAUCCGCCACAACCUGACGCUCAACGACUGCUUCGUCAAGGUGCCGCGCGAGCCGGGCAACCCGGGCAAGGGCAACUACUGGACGCUCGACCCCGCGGCCGCCGACAUGUUCGACAACGGCAGCUUCCUGCGGCGCCGCAAGCGCUUCAAGCGCGCCGAGCUGCCCGCGCUGCCCGCCGCCGGCCCGCCGCCCUUCCCCUACGCGCCCUACGCGCCCGGCCCCGCGCUGCUCGCGCCGCCGCCCUCCGCCGCGCCCGGGCCCUCGCCGCCCGCGCGCCUCUUCAGCGUCGACAGCCUGGUGAGCCUGCAGCCCGAGCUGGCGGGGCUGGGCGCCCCCGAGCCGCCCUGCUGCGCCGCGCCCGACGCCGGCGCCGCCUUCCCGCCCUGCCCGGCCGCCGCCUCCCCGCCGCUCUACUCGCCCGGCCCCGAGCGCCUGGGGCUGCCCGCGCCGCACCCCGGCCCCGGCCCGCUCCCCGCCGAGCCCCUGCUGGCGCUGGCCGGGCCCGCCGCCACGCUCGGCCCGCUUGGCCCGGGGGAGGCCUACCUGAGGCAGCCGGGCUACGCGCCGGGGCUCGAGCGCUACCUGUGAGCCGCCGC